AUGUAUUUCAAAAUAACUAUCUUCUUUUCGUUACUUAUAUUACAUAAAGCUACAACAUUUUCAACUACAAAAUGUACUUGUGAAUAAUUACUAUCAUAAAAUGAUUGUUAAAUAAUGAAAUGUACAUGGGACCAAAACAAAUGUGAGAUGAGUAUAGAAACUCCUGUAGAGAUAACUGCUAGAAUUACUUAUUGCACAUAUUUUGAGGAUUCGAUUUGUUAAAAUACAGUAGGUUGUGCAUGGAUAGAUAAAAACUGUAUACCUUUUACAGGUUGUACUGCCUAUGUAUUUACACAACAUUAGGAGUGUCAAUAUAUUUCAAAUAAAUGUAUGUCAGAUGGAGUACAUUGUAUUGAUAUUGGAUUGUGUUCAGAAUAUAAAACAGAGAUUGGAUGCUUCAAAAAUAAAUAUAAUAAAUUAUGUUAUUGGAAUGUGGAUAAAUGCCAAGAUAUUUCAGAGUGUUCUCAAAUAUCAAAAAGUUUAUAAAGUGAUUAAGAGUGUAGAAAUUAAUUAUCUAAAUGUACAGUGGAGGAAUAUGGUGGUUGUAUAGAUAGUGGUGAUGCAUGUUCAAAUUAGAAAUUAGAAAUAUAAUGUGUUUGGGAUAAAAGUAAAUCUUAAUCUUGUGCAUGGAUAAAUUAGAAAUGUGUAAGUAGAAUUUGUUCAAAUGCCCCUAUUAGUUAUACUACAUUUGAACAAUGUAAUAAUUUCGAUUCUACUUGUACAACUUAAUAAAAUGGAGGAUGUGUUAUUAUAAGUUCUUGCGAGAAUAUUAAAGUAGAAUUAGGUUGUGUUAUGAAUAUGAAUAAAUAACCAUGUAUAUGGAUUGAAAAUAAUUGUAUAGAUAAGAAAUGUUCACAGGCUCCUUAGAAAUUCAACACAAAUGAAUUAUGUAAAAAAAUAAAUAAGAAUUGUAUAACAACAUUAAAUGGAUGCAUUGAAUAACAAUCUUGUGAAUCUUCAAAAAAUUAAAUAGGAUGUAUAGAUAUGGAGGAUGGUACUAAAUGUUAUUGGAAUGGAAAUAAGUGUGUUUUAAAAACCUGUAUAAAUAAUACAACAUCAAAGACAGAUACUGAAUGUUAACUAUAUUAAAAUUCUUGUAUUUUAAAUGUAACAGCUCAAAGUGGAUGUCUUGAUAAGAUUUGUGAAAAUAUAGUCUAAGCUGAUUAAUGUAUAGUUGAUAAAUAGAACAAUAAAUGUUCUUGGAAAAGUACUUGUUUUAUAAAGAGUUGUAAUUCUGCUUCAAAAUCCUUAAAAACAAACAACGAAUGUUAAUAAUAUAUGGACUAAUGUGUUUUAGAUACCUCAGGUUCUGGUUGUAUGAAUAUAGGUUUGAUAUGUUAAGGAUAUGUAUCAGAAAGUUCUUGUUAUAUGACUAAGAGUGGUUAAUAUUGUCAUUGGAAAGAUAAGAAAUGUAUAGAUAGAACAUGUAGUAUGGCUGAUUUAAGUUUAAGUAAUACUCAAUAAUGCUAAGCAUUUAAACCAGAUUGUAUAGUUAGUAAUAUUUCUAAAGGAUGUAUGGAUCUGAGUGUUAAUUGUGAAGAUAGAAAAAUAUAAGGUAAUUGUUAAUAUGGUGAUAAACCUGUAUGUAUUUGGAACUUUAAUAAAUGUGUUAAACAAAGUUGUGAAAGUGCAAGUGUAAUUGGAUCACCUAAUUAUUUAAAUGUUUUUGAUUAACAAUCGUGUUUAUCUUAUUUAGAUAAUUGUAUCCCUAAUAAUAGUGGUAAUGGUUGUAUAGCAAAACCCUAAUAUUGUACUCAAUUAAGUAUUAAUAAUUGUAUAUCUUCAUAAUCUAAUGAUUGUAUAUGGUCAGGUGGAUAAUGCAAAGAUAAAAUAUGCAUUAAUUUGAUAGCGUCUUCGCAUUAAGAAUGUUAGAAUCUAUUAUCUAGUUGUACUGUAAAUGUAUUUUUAAAUAGCUGCAUUUCUUUAUCAUCUAAAUGUUCAUCCUAUACAAAUUAGCGAUAAUGUUUUUUAACAUCUAAUAAUAUUAAUUGUUUUUGGAAUGGUACUUAAUGCAGAGAUGCUACUUGUACUGAUGCUCUAGAUACAUCUGAUUAUGAUACAUAUGAAGAAUGCAAUUCACUUAAUCCUUCUUGUACUGUUGUUAGUAAAGUAGCUAAAUAAGGAUGUGUUGAAAAAUAUUCUACUUGUGAAAGUUAUAAAUAAUCUUAUCAAUGUUAUUAUUCUUCAAAUAAUAUCUAAUGCAUUUGGAUUAACGAUUCAUGUUAAUAACUUUAAAAUUUAACUUGUGGAGAUAUCAAACUUACUACUUAUAAUCAUAGCAAUUGUGCUAAUGUGCUAUCUCAUUGUAAAUCUAAUCUAAAUUAAAAUGGAUGUACCAAUAAGAUAUGUACAGACUACAAUUACACAACUCAAUAGGCUUGUGAAUUAGUAUCAGGAUGUACAAUAAAUGCUGAUUCUAAUUAAUGUAUUACUAAAUUAGACAAUUGCUCAUAAUAUGGUGCUGAUUCCACUUCAUGUAAAUAUUCCAAAGAAGGUGAUUGUGUUAUGAAGUCUCUCCUAUGUGUAUGGACUCAUAUACCAUGUAAUACCAUUGCAACACCUACUGAUGACAUUGAUUGUUAUUCAAAAAGAUCCUUUUGUAAAAUGACAACUACAGAUUAAGGUAAUAAUAUUUGUAUUUCCAAAAAUUGUACUGAAUAUUCUGGAAUUACUCCAACAACAUUCUCCAUCUGUUAAGAAUAUGAUUAUUCAUGUAUCAAUAAUAGAAGUAAUACUGGAUGUAUUUCUAUGCAACAAUAUUGUCAUUAGGCUAGUGAUCAAGCAUGUGUAUAUUCAAAAGAAGAAGGUGUUUGUAGAUAUAAUGGUACAAAUUGUGUACCUAUUGCAACAAACAAUGUUAGAUAUUGUAAUCUACUUGUAGAACCUGGACUUACAUUCUCAAAAUGUUAAGAUUAUUCCAAAUAUUAUUGCAGUGUUAAUAGAACCGGUUCUGCUUGUGUUAAUCUUAAAGCUUAAUGUUCAGAAUAUUCUAAUUUAGAAGAUUGUUAUUCAUCAUCAUUAGGUAGAUGUAUUUAAAAUCAGCAAAAUGAUUCUGGAGCAUUAUGUAUAAAUAUAACAUAAGCAACUUUAUGCAAUAAAUUGUUUAUAGGAUAAUCAAGUUCAUACACCCAUUCUAUUUGUUAAGAUUUAAAAAGUACAUGUACGAACAAUUCGAAUUCUGGAUGCUAAGAUAAAACAUGUUUGAAUACAAAUACAUUAUUUACUACUCAUGCUUAAUGUAAUGAAUGGUUGUCAAAAUGUACAAUAAAUUUAACUAAUAAUGGAUGUGUUGAAAUGAAAUAAACAUGUUUAGAAUAAAAUGUGAAUUCUUGUUUAUAAGCAUAAGAAGGAUAAUGUAUUGUUUAUGAUAAUAAGUGUAUGAAGUUCACUUGUUAGAAACUAUCCGAUACUUUAACUACACAUAACGAAUGUGAAAGUUAAAACAAUUAAUGCACUGUAGCCACUAUUGGAGGUUGUAUUAUGAAAUCAAAUAAUUGUAACAUGUACAAGACUUUACUAUAAUGUUAAUAUAAUAUAGAAGGUAAGAAAUGUUGGUGGAAUUAAUAUAAUAUGACAUGUGUAAAUCUAUAAUGUGAUUUGAUAGAAUAGACAAAUGAUUAUAAUACACAUAAUAAAUGUUAUAAUGCCUCAACAAUUAUAAAAUGUACAUUAUCAUCGAAUGGCAUUGGCUGUCAAUAACUGAAAUAAUGUACUGAAUAUCUUAUCUAAGGAUAAUGUGUAAUAGAUAAAUAUAAUAAAUAAUGUAAUUGGAAUGUAAAUGGUAAUCCAGGUAUGUGUUAAUUAAAAUCAUGUGAAAAUGCUUCACUUUCAUUCAUAACUCAUGAGGAAUGUUAAGAAUUCGAUUAGAAAUGCACAGUUAAUAUUUUAUAUAGUAAUGAUUAAUCAACUCAUAUAGCAAGUGGAUGUUUAACAUUAAGCAUAGAUUGCGCAAGUUAUUAAUAUGAAUAACAAUGUUUUUUAAAUAAGAAUAAUAAAUAAUGUAAAUGGAUAGAUAAUCAAUGUGUUGAUUUUGGCUGUAAGACUGCACCUAAAACAACAGAUUAUUCUACUCAUGAGAUUUGUUAAUAAUAUUUGAACACUUGCACAGUAAAUUAUGAUUUAUUAGGUUGUAUGACAUUACCUAAUAAUUGUUCAGACAUUAUGUAUCAAGUUCAAUGUAUUAAAGAUAUAAAUAAUAACGAUUGUUAUUGGUUCGAUUCAAAAUGCGAUUAAAAAUCAUGUGCAAAUGCUCCAAGUGAUAAAAAUACUAAAUAAUUAUGUGAAUAAUGGUUACCUAAUUGUACAGCUGAAGAUACAAAUAAAUGUAAAACAAUCACAUGUGAAGAUUAUCAAUAUAAAACAGAUUAAGAAUGCAGAUAAUAAAUGCCAAUCUGUACAACUGAUGGUAUUAAAUGUGUUACUAAAGGUACUUGUGCUUAAGCAUUAAAUGAAACAGCUUGUUAAAAAUCUAUUAAUGAUGAAUAAUGUUAUUGGAAUAAAACUUAUUGUACUUUGAAAGUAUGUUAGAUUAUAAAUAAAGAAAUAGAUUGUAAUUAGAGUUAUAACAAUAUCACAUGUAUUUGGGAGAACAAUAAAUGUAGAAAUAUAGGAGAAUGUUCUGACUAUAAAGGUACUACUCAUAAAGAAUGUUAAAACUUUAAUAAGUUAUGCACUAUUGAUGAUAACAAUAAAUGUAGAAAAAUUAGAUAAUGUAAUGAAUAUUAAAAAGAAAGUUAAUGUAUUUUAGGAUAGGAUGGUCCAUGUUUAUGGAUUGAAUAAUAAAAUAAAUGUUAUAAAUACACAUCUUGCAACAGUAUUGAAUUUUAAACACAUGUUGAAUGUUAAUAGAUUUCAUUAGAAUGUACAACAGAUGGUAUAUAAUGUGUUCCACUUUCACUUUGUUCUGAAACAAAUACAAAUGGAGGAUGUAUUGAAGGAAUAGAUGGAAAUUGUAUGCAAACUGUUGCUGCAUUAAAUUCAAAUUAACCACCAGUUUGCAAACACUUUACCAGUUGUAUUGAUGCUUAUUACUUAACACAUAAAGAAUGUUAAUCUGCUAAUAAGAAUUGUACUACGAACGCAGUUUCCGGUUGCAUAAGUUUAAAUGAAUGUAGUUAAUAUCAAAGAUAAGAAUCUUGUUACUUAGAUAUAAAUGGAGUUUAAUAUCAAGAUAACUAAAUUGUAUCUACAGGUAGAUGUGUAUGGGAUAAUGGUUUAUGUAGAAAAUAAAAUUGUUCUGAUUUUAGUGGAAUUACUAAUGAAUAAUGUAAUAAAUUCCUUUCAUUUUGCACCUUCAGUGGUAUAUAAUGCAUUACCAAAUAAAAUUGUUAUUAAUAUACAUCAUCAGCCUUAUGUUCUGUUGCUUAUGGUUUGGAGGGAAAAUGUAAUUGGAAUGUAGCUCUUGAUAAAUGUUAAAAGCUUACAUGUGAUGAUAUCUAAAAUGGAACAACAUUAGCUUUAUGUUAGAAAACUCUAUCUAAUUGCAUUACUAAUGGUGUAAAUUGUAUUAAUAAAGAUACUUGUUCUAGAUAUAUAACAAAAAUAGCUUGCAAUGUUGGAGGUACUGAUGGUAUAUGUGUAUGGAAUUCAAAAACUUCAGUAUGUUCAUUGAUGCUUUCAUGUACUUAAGCAGAUAAUGAUUAAGAGGCUUGUUUAUAAGCUAAUGAUAGAUGUGCUAUAAAAUAUGCUACAAGCUAAUCUACAAGCUCUUGUUAUACUCAUACUUGUGAAACAUAUUUAAAUAAUAAUGGCUUAUGCAAAUCUUUCUAUAAUUGGAAUUACUCUUCUAAAACUGCCUGUUCAUUUACUUAAGGAAAGUGUGCAGACAUUGAUCUAUCAGCUCUUACUGAAUAAGAAUGUCUUAUCAAUUCACAGUAUUCCUAUACAUGGAAUACUAAUAAAAACAAAUGUUAAUCUUGUAUUACUCAAAAUAAUAAUAAUAACUUUGGCAAUAGUACUCAAACAAAUUCAAGUUCCAAUUUAACAACACCAACUUAAACUGUCGAUUAUGCAUUUUUAAUCUCAGCAUUAAUGUAUUUUUUAUUGAUUAUUAAUUGA